AUGAGGCCGUGCGGUUUCCACAACGUUGGCCUUUCGGUCUUUGGCACUCUUCUGCUUCUCGCUGCCCAGCCAGUCGCUGCCCACUCGUGGGUCGAGCAGCUCAUGUCCAUUGCCAGCAAUGGCACAAUGACAGGCGCUCCGGGCUACAUCCGUGGCUACGUCUCGCGCGCCAUGCCCGGUUUUAGCGAUGACAUGGACGAUUUCCUGGUCCCAGAAAACGGCCGCCCCACGGGCAACGAGAUCCUGUCGACCGACCCGCUCUGCCACCCGAGUCAGACAAUUGGCAAUUACAGCACCAAGUUCCCCAUGCUGACCGUCACGCCCGGUGGCUACAUUGCUCUGCGGUACCAGGAGAACGGCCAUGUUACCCUGCCGGAGGUCAACCCCACAAAGCCUCUCAACCGCGGCACCGUCUACAUAUACGGCACCACUCAGCCCUCUGACAACGAGCUGUUCCUCGAUGUCUUCCAGAAGUGGACAGCCGACGGCACCGGCGGCAACGGCCGCGGCCGUCUGCUGGCUACGCGCAACUUUGACGAUGGCCAGUGCUACCAGAUCAACAACGGCAACAUUUCCGAAGCCCGCCAGGCCCAGUUCACCAAGGUGGCCGAGAACCCCCAGGGCGCCGACCUGUGGUGCCAAAACGACAUCCAGCUGCCCAGCGAUCUGGUUGCUGGUUCCAAGUACACGCUGUACUGGAUCUGGAACUGGCCCACGUUCAACGCCGCCGGCUCGCCGACGGACAUCCCGACGGCUGGCUACAACGUCACCCUGCUCCAGCACUACACUAGCUGCAUGGAUGUGUCUGUUGUUGCUGGCAGUGGUAGUGGCAGUGGUGGCAGUAGCAAGGCGAUCACCCACAAUUUUGCCUCGACUUACACUCGUAGCCAGGACCUGAAUGACGCAGCCGUCCUCAGCCAGCUGGUGAAUGGCGCCUUCCAGGUCGAGGUCCCUGGUGCCGCUACUGGUGCUGGCAGCAACAGUGGUAGCGGAAACAGCACGGCUACCAGCCCGGCCGUUGCUGCCACCACCAAGCCAGCCAACACGGCAUCUGUCAAUGCCGGUGGUCAGCAUGAGCACACCAUUGUUGUCACCGUCACCGAGACGGAGCCUCACUAUGUCACGGUAACCGUGCCAGCUGGUGGUGCUCCGACGACUACCCCGUCUUCAUCAUCCACCAAGACCGGCGGUAGGAUGCUUACGGUUACGGAUACCGACACCUUCAUUGUUACCCGGACGCGCGAGCCACCCAGCUCCGAAAGUAGUGGUGGUGUUGCGGGCCCUGCCAGCAGCAAGUCUUCACCUUCCGCUGCCUCUCCUUCUACCACGCCGAGCCACUUCACGCCAACACCUGGCCAGUCCCUUACUGUCCAGCCAUUUCUGUCGGCCUCUUCCAGCAGCAUUGGUGGAGGCGGUCGUAAUGGGACUGCCACCACUCUUCUACGGGUGCGCCGGUCGUAA